AUGCCUAGCAUAACGGUUGGAAAUCCCUGCACCGCUUUCACGACCACCGACGUCGCCUGGAACGCCACGGAGCUCGGCAACUCCGUCGAUGAAUUGCCGCGGCGGAAGAACCUCAUCGGGAAACCCAAACCUCCGCCAGCGCUACCACAAAGUUCAGAGGAGAUUCCGAACCUGAUAGAGCAGCGGAGGAAGAAGCAGCUGGCACCGAAGUCGUUGUCGGUGUCGAUUUCGCCGUUCGAGUUGGAGGAUCGGCUGGCAGUGGCCUCAGCUCCACAUUCGCAGAGGUCGUUUGCAAAUUUGCCAACGACACUACACACGCCUUCCCCUGUUGCUCGUACCGACGCUCUCAAAAAUCAACCCCAUGCGCGGAAGCACUCCGUUCUAGACGGUCAACUUUCGCUCGACAUCAUCUCUCCAACAACCUCUGUCCCUCCAUUGCCCUAUAGCCCGUCAUCAUCCACAUCCACAUUCUCAUUGGCCCUCGACCCCAUCGCGGGGCACGUGGAAAUUCUCUCACUUUGCAGGCGAGAGGAAAGGCAAACCUCGGGCAGAAUUCUAUAA